AAUGCCAUCGGACAUGGUUUCUUAGCUUUUACGACGUAUCGCCAUUUCUCCGAUUCAGAUUUCAGGCGGAAUAUUUUUCACAAUCGGAGAAGAAACCCCGCGGUACACAAUUCAGACGCAUAUAAUUCUUCAAUCUCAUUCUUGAAUCUUGAUUUUGAUCCAUUCUUUAACACGGCCCUUUCCCCUUUCUUCCCUAUAACCGCCCCUAUGGUCUGUCUCUGCAUAGUUUGCGUGUAAUUGAUGUUAUGAACACAUCUUGCAUAGAUAAAUACUGGGUUUGCACGAGUGUAUAUGUAUGGACACAGGUUUUGUAUUGUUGAUUGAUUGUGGUGUAUCCAAAAAUGAUGGAACUCAAGACCUUAAAUCCGGUUCCACCGCCCCUCAAACCGCCGGCGCCGCCAUCGCUACCGCCGGGUCUUCGCCUCUUCCCAACUCUCAAUUCUCCACACAAGACUUCCCAUCAGAUCUUGGUCUUCGCCCUCACCUUUACAGCCUACGCCGCCUUCCAUGCUUCCCGUAAACCCCCUAGCAUAGUUAAAUCUGUUCUUGGCCCAGAUCCCAAAACCCUUAACACCACUAGCAACAGUUCUCUAGAAUGGACAGGUGGGUGGGCGCCGUUUGAUGGCCCUGAUGGACCCCACAGGCUUGGCGAGCUCGAUCUCUUCUUUCUGUUGUCUUACUCCGUGGGGAUGUAUUUCGCGGGUCAUAUAGGUGAUAGCAUUGAUCUGAGGCUUUUCUUGACUGCGGGAAUGGUGGGCAGUGGGGUUUUCGUUAUAGUUUUUGGGUUGGGUUAUUUUCUUGAUGUGCAUUGGCUGCCAUUUUUCGUGGUGGUUCAGUGUUUCUGUGGAUUGUUUCAGUCAAUAGGGUGGCCUUGUGUGGUGGCAGUGGUGGGGAAUUGGUUUGGGAAGGCAAAGAGAGGAUUCAUAAUGGGGGUUUGGAAUUCCCAUACUUCAGUAGGGAAUAUUAUAGGUUCUUUAGUUGCCUCAUCAGUUUUGGGAUAUGGUUGGGGAUGGUCUUUUGUGUUGCCUGGGCUUUUCAUCGUGGCUGUGGCAAUUUCGGUUUAUUUGUUUCUUGUUGUAAGGCCAGAAGUUAUUGGUUUUGAUAUGCCAGCAGAUGAGGUUGAGAUAGUCCCCGAGGGAGAGGCAUUGGUAGGUGAAGAUGAAGGAGAGGAGGGGAGAUUAGUGGCAUCUAAAAAUGAAGGCUCUGUAGCAAUUGGGUUCUUGGAGGCAUGGAAGCUACCCGGGGUUGCACAAUAUGCAUUCUGCCUGUUCUUCUCAAAACUCGUGGCUUACACAUUUCUGUAUUGGUUGCCCUUCUACAUAAGGCACACAGCUGUUGCUGGAGUGCAUCUGUCUCACGAAAAAGCAGGAAUCUUUUCAUCAAUCUUUGAUAUUGGGGGAGUAAUUGGAGGAAUUUUGGCAGGGGUGAUCUCUGAUAAAAUUGAAGCCCGGGCUGUAACUUCAGUUGCCUUCUUGUUGUUGUCAAUUCCGGCCCUUAUUUUAUAUCGCCUUUAUGGAAGUAUAUCCAUGUUCGCCAACAUAGCGUUGAUGCUUAUUUCUGGCUCACUGGUUAAUGGACCGUAUGCUCUCAUUACAACAGCAGUUGCAGCUGAUCUUGGCACUCAGAGUGUAGCAGGUGGAAGUUCACGGGCAUUAGCUACUGUAACUGCAAUUAUAGACGGGACUGGUUCUGUAGGAGCCGCCAUUGGGCCACUCCUCGCGGGAUAUAUUUCAACUCGAGGAUGGAAUAGCGUAUUUUUUAUGCUUAUUCUGUCAAUAUCCUUUGCGGGCUUGUUAUUGAUUCCUGUUGUCAAAAGAGAGAUUAAUGCAAAGGUGAAUGAGGGGAAAUGGCUUUGGUUUAGAUGGGGUUCUCAAUAGGCAUGCCUUUGAGCUAUUCUGUUCUUCAAGAUAUUGUGCAUACUUAGUGGAGGCUAUGGAGCUUCUUUUUUGUCUUGAUAUCUCUUAAAGCUCAGUUCUUGGAUGUAUUUUUGUAUGUAUCAUUGAAAAGGGAUUUGAUCAAGGAAUAUUUG